CUGAUCCCGGUGAUGCUGCCGCUCAAGUGUUGCAUGCUGAAGAGUCCCGACGCUCAGUGUGAGAGCUUUAAAGGAUGUUAGGAUGAAGGUUGGAAACGAGGGGAAAUGAAGAUGAAGAUAAGAGUGUGCCAAGGGGUUAGUGGCAUCAUCAUCAUCACCAUGGUUACCAGUUUUAUGUUGGUGUACAACAGCAGCUCUGGCGACAGAUCAUCCUCCUCAUCUGCAUCAUCGGUGUCAUCCCACCGUGUAGAUGGUCCUGCUCCAUCCACAAGGAAGCCGGAGAGCCUGCAGAGACUACCGACACCAACACUUGAGGGGUACACAGGUGUCAUGGAUCAUAAGCCUCUGAAGAUGCACUGCAAGACUUGUGCCCUGGUGACCAGCUCCGGCCAGCUAACUGGGAGCAAGAGAGGUGAAGAAAUCGACCUCUCUGAGUGCGUAAUCCGUAUGAACGAUGCUCCCAGCAUCAGAUAUCAGCGAGAUGUCGGGCGACGCACAAGCCUGCGUGUCAUAGCUCACUCCAGCCUGCAGAGGGUGCUGCGAAGCCGGCAGGAGCUGCUCAACGCGAGCCAAGACACAGUGUUCAUCUUCUGGGGACCCAGCAGCUGCAUGAGACGGGAUGGAAAGGGCCACGUUUACAACAACCUCAGGCUGUUAAACCAACUUCUGCCCAAACUUAAAGUCUACAUUAUUUCUCGGAUCAAAAUGCUCAAGUUUGAUGAGCUGUUUAAAAAGGAAACGGGGAUUGACAGGAAGAGUUCCAACUCCUGGCUGAGUACCGGCUGGUUCACCAUGGCCAUAGCCCUGGAGCUGUGUGACAGGAUCAACGUGUAUGGCAUGGUGCCUCCUGAUUUCUGCAGAUCCUCCUCUCAUCCCUCUUUGCCGUAUCAUUACUAUGAGCCCGCGGGGCCCGACGAGUGCUCCAUGUAUCUCUCCCACGAGAGGAGCCGGCGAGGAAGCCACCACCGCUUCAUCACAGAGAAGGCAGUGUUUGCAAACUGGGCUCGAACCCUCAACAUCCACUUUCACCAGCCAGACUGGAAACCAGAUGCUGUCGACACCAACAUGAACAGCUCAUACACUCCGGUUCCAGCUGGAUCCUGAGAUUCACUCCACUGACGAUCCUCAGACGUGUGGAAUAUUUGUGUGGACGGUUUCCAGGGCUCAGAUUCCCUCUCUGGACAAUAUGAAUGCAUGAGACAACAGUAGGACAGAGCAGGCUACUGCUGUGGCUGUUAGCCCGCUGCCUAAGCAGCUUGGCAGAAUGGGAUCAUUGCAUAAUAGCAGCACAAAGCCCCAACAAUGUUUUGGAAGUGUAACUAUAAUAGGAUGAAUUUCAUACUGGAAUCAAAGCCAUGGAGGUUGGCUCAAGUGUUUUUUUACUCAGUGUAGAGCUGCUUUGACAACACUCGAGCUGUCAGAGAGGAGACAGACAAUGAGGCAGAACACCGCUGCAAUAACAGCAGUAUGACUGAUUCAUUUUCGUAAACUAAACACAGAUUCACUGAGGACACUCGGGUCGUGUCCUCAUUAUUUGGGAAUGUGGGAGUGUUAAUGACCUGAGGAGGAGUUUACACUUCACAAUAACACACAAAUUAAAUGUAGUGUUUUUUUCAAAGCUCAUUGUGAUAUUUUUAGAGGCACUGUGUUUAACAUUUUAAACACUUUUAUCCCUUUUCAACAAUACAAUAAUCACAAUACAGGCAACGGAGAGAAAAUAAGUGUGACAGUUACUGUUUUGCAAUAGCAGACACCUCGUGUUUAGUUGUAACGUACAGCCUAUUCAUACUGUAUACUGCAAUAAAUUCAAAGAUGUAAGUAAAACAUACAACAAUGGUUUUAACAAUAAACAAUACAAACAAACAAGCAAGCCAUACAAUUAUUGCUUACUGACAUACAGUAUAUGUAUAUUAUAGUGGUGUCUGUGUUGUGUUAAUAUGAAGAGGCCCAGACUGUGGACAUCAUUGGAGGCAAUCUCCGUUUAUUCCCCCCAUGGAGUGCAACAGCAAAAGGGUAAAAACAAAGUUACGACUAUUUAAACUCAAGCCCCUACACAAAUUAAGUUACACAGGAAUAUGUUAGCAUAUUAUACUAUAAGGUUAGGCUGAAAAAUGAAGUUAAAAACAGCUUAACAGCGCUAAAACACGGAAA